CGAACACGCAAACUGUCCGCUGGGAUAUCCCAAACUGCGUUGCGCUAACUUCAUUCAAACUCGAAGGUCCUACGAUAUAUAUCCACAACAUUCGAAAACUGACUUUAUUACAACUGAACAAAGCAUACAAUCACAUAUUACAUAACAUUGACCAAAACCGCGCAGCAGGUUUUAGUACAGGUUAAAUUCCGGCAAAUUAAAUUCUACUUUCUGUGUAUUGCUAUAGAGUUGGUUUUCGCUUGUCCAUGUUGUCAGGGUUGGAUUGAUACAAUACGGAUCCAAGAAGUUUGUGCAAUUGUUAUGUUGUUAUUAUAUAAGGUUGUUUGAGGCUAGGCUGCUCACUCCGGCUUGCAUACUACAGUGCAUCGAACGUGGACUAUAUUUUACUGUUUUUAGAUCAACAGUUUCCUAAAAUGCCUGCAAGCUGGUGGACGGUGGUGGUGUUAGCCACUCUUGCGUUGCGAUCGCAAGCCGAUGGGGGGUUUAGGCUGCCCGACCAGCCGCCCAAGGAGGAAAGGGAGGAGGGGAGGUCACUUCACUUUAAUGGAGGUCAAAGAUCGCCCGAAGCCCAAGGCCGAGGGUUCCUGGACUGGCUAGGCUUUGGCGAAGACCAGGACCCGUACAUCCAACAGGCCACUCAGCAGUGCGUCAACGGGGACCUUGGUGACUGCUUCAAAGCACAGGCACUACGCUCCUUUGAUGAUUUCUUCGACAAGCCUGCUUACCAGCUAUCAGAGAACGCUGUACUAGUGAAGGUGGAGUCCCAAGCCAGAGCCCUGGCGAGGGAACCCCCACAACUGAGCUCCCAGCCCCGCAGUGAAGACUCCGACUGGGACGCGUUGCUCAAGUUCGGGAUGAGGAAGAUUGAAAGGUUCCUGAGGUCUACUGCCCUGGAAAUGAACCUCGAUGAUGACGUCACGUCUAAUGGCGUCAUCGCACCGCGGUUCCUAGACGAGAUCGCUGAUGAGGUCGACGUUAUUGAGGACAAGAAGGCCCCGCCUUUCCGUCGCCAUAAGCUGAAGAAGCUUAUCAUCCCCAUGCUGCUGAUCCUCAAGCUGUUCAAGCUGAAACUGCUGCUGUUCCUGCCGCUCAUCCUGGGUCUCGCCAGCUUCAAGAAGUUCCUUGGGUUCAUGGCCCUGAUCAUUCCAGGCGUGAUCGGCUACUUCAAGUUCUGCAAGCCCAACAGCUCUCCUUUCUCCAGCGGUCACUACACCGGACCUCAGUAUUCCCCUGCCGGCAUAGGCCUGGGACAGGGACCAUACAGGGAAGGCAGCUACGACCAAUAUGAGUACCCGACCGGCCACAAAUACGGCGGAGGCGGCUACGGAUCCGGCGGCGUCGCGUUUAGAGACCAUGAGUCGCACGCGCAGAGCCUCGCCUACAACGGAUGGGAGUACCGGAACAAAAAGGGGGGAGAGGACAUCAAGGCUGAACAAGCAUAAGACUG